CAUGAUGCCGUUACGUCAUCUCACAAAAGGAAAGACGCCAUUUUGGUGGACUUCAACAUCUAACCACCGUUCCUGUAUUUCCCAAACUUUCAACUUCUGCCCCAAACCAGACAUAUUUGCCUGAGUCGGAGCCAAAGUUGGGAUCUUUGCGAGUUUUGCGGACUGGUUCGUGGUGCUGACAUGGCCGCAGGCGGCGCGAGAGGCCACCAGUUUAAGGUGGUACUUUUGGGGGAGGGGUGCGUGGGGAAGACGUCGCUGGUUUUGCGGUACUGCGAAGACAAGUUCAACGAUAAACACAUCUCAACUUUGCAGGCAAGUUUUCUCACAAAGAAGCUCAACAUAGCUGGGAAGAGAGUAAACUUGGCAAUUUGGGAUACAGCAGGCCAGGAGAGGUUCCAUGCACUCGGCCCAAUCUACUACAGAGAUAGUAAUGGAGCCAUUCUAGUAUACGAUAUUACAGAUGAGGACUCUUUCCAAAAGGUGAAAAAUUGGGUAAAGGAGCUGCGAAAAAUGCUGGGCAGUGAAGUCACUCUUUGUAUAGCAGGAAACAAGAUAGAUUUAGAGAAGCAGCGAAACGUUCCAGCGGAGGAGGCAGAGGCCUACGCUACGUCGGUGGGAGCCAAACACUUCCACACGUCUGCUAAACUCAACAAAGGAGUAGAAGAGAUGUUUCUAGACCUUACUAAGAGAAUGUUAGAAAAGGACACCAAUUCCAAACCAGACGCCACAGCCAAACCCGGGUCCACACGGAGAAACAUUCAGAUCACAGAGGACGAACCACAGGAGCAGAAGAGCGGGUGUUGCUGAAC